AUGCCCAACAGCUACCAGAAUGGUCUAGCCUUCAUAUUUGCCAUAGAAGAGAUCAAUAAGAAUCCUCAACUUUUACCCAACAUAUCUCUGGGAUAUGAGUUCCAUAAUUUCCUUUACAGUCACUGGAGGAUGCUGGAGAGUUCUCUCAUUUUGCUCACAGGACAGAAUAAGAUCCCUAAUUACUCCUGUGGGAGAGAGAGCAAGUCUGUAGCAGUGCUAACAGGAACAUCAUGGGCAACUUCUGCUCAAAUUGGAGCCCUCCUGGAGCUCCACAAAUUUCCACAGGUUACAUUUGGUUCUUUUGAUCCUAUGCAGAGAAGACAGUUUCUUUCCCUCUAUCAGGUCGCUCCUAAGGAUAUAUUUCUGCCAAUUGCUAUGGUUUCUUUGAUGCUUCAUUUCAGCUGGACCUGGGUGGGACUGAUCAUUAUGGAAGGUCAGAAAGGUCUUCAAUUUCUCUCAGAUGUGAUAGUAGAGAUGGAAAGGAGCAAAGUAUGUGUAGCCUUUGUGAAAAUGGUCUCAACUCCUGUUACAUCAUAUGCGACAAUUGCAAAAGAACACAUUAUCCCAGCAAAGGAAAUAUCACAUGUCAUUGUGGUCAUCAUUUACUAUGACACUGAUACUCUCAAUGAUAUAAACUAUAGUAUAGAGCAAAAUUCACUAACAGGCAAAGUCUGGGUCACAAACUCACAGUGGCAUGCUGACAUGAUUGGGAAAAAUUUCAUACUUAAUUCGUUCCAGGGAACUCUCAUUUUUUCAAAUCACCAUGAGAAAAUUUCUGGUUUCAAAACCUUUGUCCAAGAAGCUAAGCCUUCCAAAUAUCCAGAAGAAUUUUACCUCACUAUGUUUUGGUUCAAUAAUUUCCAUUGCUCAUUCUCCGAUUCUGAUUGUUUACUGAAGUACUGUACACCUAAUGCCUCUCUGGCAUGGCUGCCUAUGAAUCAUUUUGACACAGCCAUGUCUGACUGGAGUCAAAAUGUACACAAUGCUGUGUAUUCUGUGGCCCAUGCCCUCCAUGAGAUGCUUCUUCAACCAGCACAAUGGCCACCAAUGGGAAACAAAAAAGUGAUGGUGUUUGCCCCCUGACAGCUGCAUCCUUUUCUGAAGAACAUCCAAUUUGAAAAUCCUGCUGGAUACCAAGUGAACUUGGAUGACAGAAGGAAACUGGAUGUAGUAUAUGACAUUCUCAACUUUUGGAAUUUUCCAGGCCUUAGACUUAAGGUCAAAUUGGGAACAUUUAACCCACAUGGUCCUCCUGGGCAAAAAUUGUCUUUAUCUGAUGAUAUGAUCGAGUGGGCCACAGGAAUUACAGAGACUCCACACUCUGUAUGCUGUGAGAGUUGUCAUCCUGGAUUCAGGAAAUCCCCUCAGGAGGGAAAGGCUGCCUGUUGUUUUGAUUGCAUCUGUUGCCCAGAGAAUGAGGUCACCAAUGACACUGAUAUGGAGCAGUGUGUGAAGUGUCCUGAUGAUCAGUAUGCCACAAUGCAGCAAAACUACUGCCUGCAAAAAUCUAUGACAUUCCUGUCUCAUGAAGACCCCAUGGGGAAGAUACUGGCUCGCACCACCCUGAGUCUCAAUGUCCUCACAGCUGCUGUUCUUGGGCUCUUUGUGAAACACAAAGACCCUCCCACUGUCAAGGCCAACAACCUGGCUCUCAGUUACACCCUCCUUUUCUCUCUCAUCUUCUGUUUCCUCUGCUCCUUACUCUUCAUUGGCCGUCCCAUCACAGCCACCUACACCCUCCAGCAGACCACAUUUGGAGUUGUGUUCACUGUGGCUGUUUCCACCAUCUUGGCCAAAACUAUCACUGUGGUACUGGCCUUUAAGGCCACUGCUCCAGGCAGAAGAAUGAGGCAGUUGCUGCUAUCAGGGGCAACUAACUACAUCAUCCCCAUUUGCUCCCCCAUCCAACUCACUCUUUGUGGAGUCUGGAUGGGCACAAAUCCACCCUACAUUGACACAGAUGCAUACUCUGAACAUGGUCACAUCAUCAUUGUGUGCAACGAGGGCUCACUCACUGCCUUCUACUGUGUCUUGGGAUACCUGGUCUCUCUGGCCCUGGUGAGCUUCACCGUGGCUUUCCUGUCCAGAAACCUCCUGGACACCUUCAAUGAAGCCAAGUUCCUGACCUUCAGCAUGCUGGUGUUCUGCAGUGUGUGAGUCACCUUCCUCUCUGUGUAUCAUAGCACCAAGGGGAAGGUCCUGGUGGCCAUGGAGGUCUUCUCCAUCUUGGUCUCCAGAGCAGGGCUGCUGGGUUGCAUCUUUGCCCCCAAGUGCUACAUUAUUUUGUUAAGACCAGAUAAGAAUUCUCUACAUGGGUUCAGACAUACAAUACAUGCUGACAGAAAGAAACCUUUUAAGUUAAAAAAAUGUAUUUUUACUAAAAUUCAUAUUGGCUCUGGAGCAAAUAUAUGCCAUUUUUUUCAGUUACUUACAUUGUAG